AUGUUAGGCUUUGAAGUGGUAAAGGCCUUGCGUGACCGAGGCAUUGUUGUCAGCGGAACGCUGGCCUUCCUGAUCUGUGUCCUGGUUCAGCGUGCGAAGCUGCACCAGUAUGAUGCGGCCAUCGUUGACAUCCGCACACCAGACGAUACGCAAGUCACACGCUUAUUUUUGAAGGAUUUUUUUCACGUCGCGAGACUUGCGUUGCCUACGGUGUGGUGCAAGGAAUUUUUUGGUACCCUUGUGUUUGUAACGCUCUUCUUGCUGAAGUCCAUUCUGCAUGUUGCACAAUUUAACGCCAAUGGGCACCUUUUGCAGGCCAUUGUCGGUGGCACUGCAGAGGACCAGGUGAAAAGGUUUUUUAAUGCACUGCUCCUGCGUGCGGCGGUGUCGAUGAUGUGCGCGGUCUGUAGCAGUUCUGUGGAACACCUGCGACCGUGGCUUGUCGCCUGCUUCCGUGAGCGCCUCAGCCACCUAUUUCAACGGCGCUUCUACAGUCGCCUUAUAUACUACCAGGCGAAUGUAUUGGACACGCGGCUUGAGGCGGCCGACACGGCUAUUGCGACGUACUCUGCAGAGUUUGCUGAACACUUUGCUGAGCUGCCGUACUAUUUUAUCCUUCCUUUCUUUGAGUGCGCAGCCUCUAUGGUGGCGCUAACUCGUCAGGUUGGCGGAAAAGCAGCGGCGAUGGCGUCUGUUGUUGUCGCGAUUUCUGUUUUGGUGCUGCAGCAGCUCUCGCCCGCGUUUGGCCGUAUCCACGCUCUGCUACUUUCCAGGGAGGACAGUUACCGUCGCAUGCUGACAACCAGUUUGAAUAAUGUGGAGCCUAUUGCACUGCACAACGGUGGUCGCUACACCCGGCGACAGCUUGAUAAGCAACUCGGAAAAUUGAAGCGCGCACUGGACCAAUUUGCUCUCGCAAAGGGGCACUUCGAGCUGUUGGAGAUUUCCUUCUCUUCUUUUUUGCAGGCCAUUUCUGGCGUUGUCAUAUUCCGUGGUGUCCAGCAGAAGAAAAUGAAAGAAAUGAGUGAUGUCUAUGUGACGAUGCAAUACAUGCAGGAUUUAAUUGAAAACGUAAAGAGUUUUGUGGUGAAUUUCCGUGAGAUUUCACACUUGUCAACAUUUACGACGAAAUUGGCGGAGUUUGACACGACCCUGACGAGCAUUGCACAGGGAUGCUUUGUGCGUUCUAGAAAUGCUUCAUCAGAAUCUGGUUCUGGUCCCCAGUCUCCUACGGAUUACACAGGUGUCAAUUACAUUGUCCGCCCGGUGGGAGUGAAGGAGUUUACCCUUUUUUCUUUUAACCAUGUAAAACUCACAACACCAGUGGGACGCCCACUCUAUAACGACCUCGACCUUGAAAUACGGAGUGACCAGGACUGGGUUCUGUUGGGAGAAAAUGGUUGUGGCAAGACGUCCCUGCUUCGUAUGAUUUCUGGGCUUUGGCCACCCACUGCAGGAAAGUACUCAAUGGAGCAAAGUGUGAGGCUUCUCUUUGCCCCCCAGUACAGUUACAUGGUGCCACAAUGUACUUUGCUUGAGCAAGUGCGUUUUCCAAGAAUUGAGUCUACGGUGAGUGCAAAGGAGUUGGUGGCUUUUAAAGAGGCUCUUCGGCUUUCCGGAGCACGCUCCGUGAUUGAGCUCCUCGGCGGCCUCGAAAGCUCUUACAUCGGGCUGGAUCCGAGGACGGCCGAUGAAACGUACGAUUGGGACUCCCUCAGUGGUGGGCAAAAGCAACGCAUCAGCAUGGCACGCGUGUUCUAUAGGGUGCUGACGAUGGAUCGCAGCCAGGAAACCCCUGUGGCUCUUCUGGAUGAGUCAACGUCCAUGAUGGAUGAGACAGAGCAGGAGGUUUUACGCAACCUUCGCAGACUCAAUGUUCGCAUGGUCUCCGUGACACACCGUGAGGAGGUGAUAAUGCACCACACCCACGCACUGCAGGUGCAACCCGGGGGUCGUUGGACAGCAACGCGUGUGGCAACACAUGUGGAUAUUGGCCAUAAUUCGUAA